AUGAAGUACAGCAUGUUUUUCUUACGGAGAAGGACUCUGAUCCUGAAGGCUGUAUUAAUACUGACAGCGGUGUGGUUCAUGGUAGCGCUGUUGAGUACGAAUGGAGCCACGAGGAAUGCUAUAGGCGCUGCGCCCAUUGAGUACGACGAAGCUGAAGCCAAACCGUUAAAAAUGGCGAAGCCGACAGCCACUAAGAGGAAAAGCGAAUCAUAUGGGAAUAAUCUCUCUGAUGCACGAACUCGGGUCGAUUGGAUCGGUCGCAUCGCUGGCAUCGAAGGGUUAGGAGUGAUUGCCGCGCCAGGAUCGGAUAACGCACCCGGCGAGCUCGGGAAACCGGUUGUAUUACCUAAGAAUAUGACCGAAGAGGCGAAAACCGCGGUCUCCGAAGGGUGGAAAAAGAAUGCGUUCAAUCAGUACGUGAGUGACCUGAUAUCGAUUAGGCGGAAACUACCCGACCCGAGGGAUGAGUGGUGUAAGCAACCGGGUCGUUAUCUAGAGGACCUGCCGCAGACGGCUGUAGUGAUAUGCUUCCACAACGAAGCCUGGUCUGUGCUUCUAAGGACCGUGCAUUCAGUCAUCGACCGCUCGCCUCCGCACUUAAUAAAGGAGAUCGUGCUCGUAGACGAUUUCUCCGAUAUGCCACACCUAAUGCAACAACUAGAUGACUAUAUGUCAGCAUUGCCCAAAGUGCGUAUAGUGCGAGCGACGAGGCGGGAGGGUCUAAUUCGGGCGAGACUGCUCGGCGCCCGAUACGUCACUGCGCCCGUCCUUACCUACCUGGACAGUCAUUGUGAAUGUACAGAAGGUUGGUUGGAGCCUUUACUCGAUAGGAUUGCUCGGAACAAGACAACUGUGGUAUGUCCUGUAAUUGACGUUAUCGACGACAACACACUCGAGUAUCACUACAGGGACUCGUCGUCUGUCAAUGUCGGUGGUUUCGACUGGAAUCUCCAGUUCAAUUGGCACCCGGUGCCCGCCAAAGAGAGAUCGAGACACAAACACACAGCAGAACCUGUCUGGUCCCCGACCAUGGCAGGAGGCCUGUUCGCGAUUGACAAAGAGUUUUUCGAACGACUCGGAACCUAUGACAGCGGUUUCGAUAUAUGGGGUGGAGAGAAUUUAGAAUUAUCUUUCAAAACUUGGAUGUGCGGCGGAACUUUGGAAAUCGUUCCGUGCUCGCACGUAGGUCAUAUAUUCAGAAAACGAUCGCCGUAUAAAUGGCGAACGGGCGUUAAUGUGCUCAAGAAGAAUUCUGUUAGGUUGGCCGAGGUAUGGCUAGAUGACUACGCUAAGUAUUAUUAUCAACGAGUAGGUAACGACAAAGGUGAUUAUGGUGACAUUAGCAGCCGAUUAGCGCUACGAGAAAAUCUCGGAUGUAAAUCGUUUGAGUGGUAUUUGAAGAAUAUAUACCCCGAGCUAUUUAUUCCCGGCGAAUCUGUAGCGCAUGGAGAGAUUCGAAAUGUCGCCUUCCAAAAGACUUGUUUGGAUUCACCGACGCGCAAGUCAGAUCAUCAUAAACCAGUCGGAAUUUAUCCGUGUCAUCGGCAAGGAGGAAACCAGAUGUGGAAUCAAGCGCUCGACCGCCGUUACUGCCUUGACGGCGAGGUUCUUGAUGAUACUCAAGAGGACCCAGGCGUGUUAAUGUUGCACACAUGCCAUCGAGGUGGUGGCAACCAGAUCGGGAAUUCCGGCUCGGAUAUGUGCCUCGACUCGGCCGCUGGACCGGAAGAUAUGAAAAAGCCCGUUAACCUCUGGCCCUGUCAUGGAGAAUACGGGAAUCAGUACUGGAUGUAUUCGAAGAACGGUGAAAUACGUCGUGACGAAACCUGCCUCGACUAUUCGGGACAUGAUGUUGUCCUCUAUCCGUGUCAUGGUGCCAAGGGCAACCAAUUAUGGCUGUACGACCCCAACACAAAGUUACUAAAACACGGCUCGAGUGAGAAAUGCAUGGCGAUUAACAGGAAUAAAGACAAGAUUGUGAUGGAGUCAUGUAAAGAAGGCGAGUCGCGACAAAUGUGGAACAUGGAGAACUUCAACGCGGACAGACUCAGUCCAGAACUCCUGGGCGAGUAG